AUGACUUCUAUGGCGCGACCACAGACUCGCGAGACGAACCGUCCGGUUACAAGAGAGCAAAUCGUCGACAACACCAUGGUUCCAAGCAGAACCUCUUCUCUGCACUCACGGAUUACACAGCCUCUGCCGUCGACGCUGGCCAAGUCGAAUAAUAGGCCUACCCCCAAAACACUGACACAUGCGUACAUGGUGUGUGGUGUGGGACGAGAACCAUCGCAAUGGGUCAAAGCGCCUGCCCCGUCUUUUGGGAAGAUACAACACAUGAAGGGAGCAGUCGGCCAAUUUUGGCUUCCCGAAAUUUUGGGGAGCAGUCCACGCCUAGAGAGCGACAACGAGAUCGCUAGAGCUCUGCACAGCGCAAUGAGGGCAUGUUUCCCCCACGAUGUUGAAAUCUGUACUGGACGCAGCCAGCCACACUGUGUCCACCAUUCUUUUGUUUUACAGCAAGAUUCACAGCAUACCCUCUAUGGCAUCGCUCUCCGAGUCUGGUCUCGAGCAGAUGAAAAGCGCGCCGAGACUAUUCGCGACCUCCGGCGGAAGACCGAACCAGACUUCAGAGAUGUAGCUGACGAGACCUACUGGAUCCCGUACUGCUUGAGCUUCUUGUCCAGGUACCCAUUGUACAACCUCCUGGGUGACUACCUGCGAGGAAUGUGGAUUCAUUGGAACAAGGCCACCAACUUGUUCCAUGCUGAGGAGGUCUCCCGCAUUCUCAGCUUCCCAGCACCACGACUCAACGAUCUCGUUCGGAUUGACAUGAAGGACUAUGCCCUCUGUUAUCAGUUCCCCUCUUCACCCACGGGUUUCCAAAACUUCGCCAUGUGGCCUCUCUUCAGCUGCUUGACAAUCCCCAACGUUGUCGGUCUUAUCGAGGCCGCUGUGUCUCCUACUCGACGGAUCAUCCUAACCAGUCAUCACCCUGCGAUGCUUACCAUUGCUGCAGAAACCAUCAGAUUUUGUGUUCGAGUGUAUGAAUGGAGCGGACUCUACGUGCCAGUCGUUCAUGCCAGGAAUGUCAGCGAAAUGGUGCAAGAACCUGGUCCGUAUAUCCUGGGUAUCACGACAGAAUGCCGAUCACUGUUCCAGCCACCCAAGGAUGCUCUACUAGUCGACCUUGACCGCAAUCUAGUCAUUACGGACCACCCACCGAAUGUUCUCACCGCCGGUCAGCGUACCAAGUUCAUCAAUCGACUGACCCAAGCCUUGAACAGCGAUGUGGAAAUCACCGGUGUACCACAGCACCUUAAAUCUGCCUAUGGAGGCGGCAAGCUCAUUCCUGCUGGUCAGAUCAUUGUCCUUCGUGGUGAAGUUGAAAGCGUCCAAGAUCCUUCGUGGUGGAAUCAAGAUGCCAUCAUGGCGGUCAUGGAUCACGUCUGUGAGAAGUUGGGCCGCAACACUGGUGUCAAGGCGUUGUUCAAUGGCUCGAUGAAAAAGCCACUUAUGACGAAGAUCUCGAUGAGACACAUGAACGAAAUUGUGCGCGAACGUAACCAAUACUCCCGCGACGCCCUGGAGGCUUGGCAAGACUUUAUCAAUCUGAAAGGACGCAUGGAUACCGAGCUUGCAAAGGUUGCCAAACGGAACAACUAUCUCGAACAAGAGGUUGAGACUUGGAAACUUCAAUUCCAAAAGUUCCAAGCGUUCGUCGAGUCCCUCAACAAGGAGUUGGCUGAGCUGCGCGUCAAGAUCGAAUCCCACAAGCGUGAGAACCGCAGACUCACCGGCCUUAUUGACCAACAGAAAGACGAUGCUGCUCGUCUGACUCUCCGGUUAUCUGGCACCGAGCGACAGCGUGACAAUGCGCUCGAGGCUCUUGUCCUUCAACAAGGUAUUGCGGAGGAUCUAGAAAAGGAGCGUUCUCGCAACCGGAAAGAGAUCGCCGCCCUCCAGCAUACCAACCAGACUCUCCAGAGACAACGAGACGAAGCUCAACGAGUGGUCCUCCAUCUCCGCUCCCUCAUCACCGGUCAAACUCAUCACAUGGAACACAUUGUUCGAUCGAUCGGUUCUGCUUCCGAACUGGCCGACUACAUCCAUGAGGGAUACGAGGACGAAGAGGAAGACUACGAGGAGAACGAAGCAGAGGACACAGUUGAAGAGCUCAGUGACAAGCUCCGAAAUGUCACCAGCCGUUCUUCGAAGCGUGCUUCUCGUGUGGUAUCUGCCGAUGGCCAGGACGUCACUCCUCAAAUGGAGAACAAGCUCCUCGCAUCCAGCAAGCGCCUCAGCAAACGAUUCUCUGGACUCAGCAUGUCCGACGUCGCCGAUCGCCAUCUCCGCGACAAGACCGACGCCAUUGCCGACAUCAUCCGCAACAUCAGUGAGCAAUGUGCCGCUGCCGUGGAAGGUCUACAACUUGCCAAUGAGGCCGCCGAGGUCGAAGGCGAAGAGGAAGACCAGGAUCAGGGUGAACAUUCUGAAUCUGGCAUUUCUCCUUCCGUAAGCCACUCUCGCGAGGACAGUGGCAAUCUGUCACCGGUCGAGCAGCUCGCCACCGACUCGCGCACGGGAACUGGCCAUUUGACGCCCCAGAGUGAGCGCAGCUCAAUUCCUCCUACGCCAGACCUAGUGCACCAGCGAUCCAGCACCGCCUUGAGCAUGGCCAGCACGGCGCCUACAAACUACACGGCUCGCGAGAGUCUGAACCAGCAUACCCGAGGUCUGGACAGGACAAAGAUCGUGGAAGACGAGGACGCCGAGCGUGCACACGCCGCCGCCGUCAUCGGCGGAGGCAGCCUCAAGGGAGACGACGAAAACAUCAAGCAGCCCGCUUCCGGUCGCGGUGCGGUCUUGAGCCGUGUGAUCGAAGCAUGA